AUGGGUGGCCUGCACUGGCGGAAGAAGGGCGGCGGAAAAGACGCGGGCGGGUCGAGCGCGCGCAAGCAGGUGGUGCUGACGGCGGCGCAACUGACGGAGCUGGAGAGUUACAUUCAAGACAUGGAGGCCAAAUGCGCGCAGUUUCAGCAACAGGCGGAGCUGGAGGGGAACCUUUCAGACAUGGAGGCGAAACGCGCGUGGUUCCAGGCGGUGGUGACGCACGAGGCAAUGGCGGAGGCGGCCGCGGUGGUGGCGCACAAGGCAGCAGCGGAGGCGGCAAUGAGGGGGCAGCUGGAGGGGCUGGCAGCAGAGCAACGUGCAAACCAACCCCUCCCCGUCCUCUUUCCCCCCAACCUCCCCUGA